UGUCACCGUAAUGGAAAUUCAUUGCUGUAGCUAUGGUAAAUGGAGUUUUCUGCCUGCUCUGAAUGCAUUAGUCUAAUGAGAUGUUUGCAGCUGGAGAGCUGAGCUGCUGGAUGCAUACAGCUUGCUAGCAGACAGGGAGAAGAUGGCUCUGGCACCGCUCUGUGUACAUGCUCUGCCAAUCAUCUGCCCUCCCAGGCACAGCACCAGGGCUCUGUAGAGGGCACUGACAACUGAUCUGCAAAAAAAGGCAAAAAGGUCAAUCUCUGUAUAUGAAUCAUUCUUUACUACCAGUGAGAGAGCAUAGCGUGGAGAUGCAGUCUCCAAGGAUACCUGGAAGGAAGCGAGGACGGCCCCCUCUUCAUUCCAAUCCUCUAAAGAUGGCUGUUCACAAUCUCUAUUCUGGGUCAGCAGGGGCCAUCCCAACUGUAAAAAUUCCAAAGAAGAGGGGCAGGAAGCCAGGUUUUAAGUAUAUAAGAGCUCCUGUACCACUGUUCACCCUACCCGAUGAAGGGUCCAUAAGGAACCCGAAACGUUGUAUGUCUCUGCAUGCCCUCACAAUAAAUCUUCAAGCAUUGCAUCUUCGGAGUCUGAAGUCACGCGUCGUAAUGACUCCGUUAGCAAUUUCGCCUCCUCGCAGCACACCAGAACCAGACAUUAGUUCCAUUCCUCAAGAUGCAGCUACUGUGCCCAACUCUGCUGUGCCACAGGCCCUUACAGUUUGCAUUUAUGUAAACAAGCAAGGUAACACAGGUCCUUACCUUGACAGAAAAAAAGUCCAGCAACUCCCUGAUCACUUUGGACCUGAAAGGCCAUCAGUGGUGCUCCAACAAGCUGUUCAAGCCUGUAUCGACUGUGCACACCAGCAGAAAAGUGUCUUCUCCCUUGUAAAGCAAGGUUAUGGAGGGGAAAUGGUGUCAGUUUCCGCUUCAUUUGAGGGAAAGCAGCAUCUCCUCAGCCUGCCUGUGGUGAACAGCAUAGGAUAUGUUUUGCGCUUCUUGAAGAAACUCUGCCGCAGCCUUAUUUGUGACAAUCUGUUCAGUAAUCAGCCCUUCAUACAAUAUAGCACCACCUCAGAUAACCCCAAGGAAUAUGAUACUGGAAGGAUGGAGUCAGCAGAAACUGUGAUACCUGAAGAUUAUCUGGUCGAUCCUGUGAACACAAAGCGAUACAAUGUUGAUCCCUCUGAUUCUGCCUUUAACUACAUGGGCUCUCUGUAUCCCAUGAGACAAAACUCUGGAGAGGGCCGUCUUGGAAGUGGAGGGGCAUCAUCUUCAUCCUGUGGUCAUCGAUCCAACCAGAUGUCAUCAGGAGGUCAGACAUCUGCAGGCUUGAGACGGCAGACAUCAAGUCCCACCAGAAAUGGAUCUUAUCUUGAGGGAAACAGAAGUGCCUCCAGCCCAUCCCCAGAUAGCCAGGAGGGAGUUAGACCAGCAAGCAAAGACCCCUCCAACUGGAGUGUAGAAGAUGUUGUGUGGUUUGUGAAAGACGCUGAUCCGCAGGCUUUAGGGCCUCAUGUCGACCUUUUCAGAAAACAUGAGAUUGAUGGCAAUGCCUUGUUGUUGUUGAAGAGUGACAUGGUCAUGAAGUACUUGGGACUAAAAUUGGGGCCUGCCCUGAAGCUCUGCUAUCAUAUUGAUAAAUUGAAACAAGCCAAGUUCUGACAUUUAAGUCAUAUUAAUAGAGUCCUUUAACAUGGUAGAGGUAAUAUGUUGCCUUAUUUGAAAGAAAAAAAAAAGGCCAUCUUGCAACUGUUUUUCCUUUUUUUUUUUUCUUAGCAUCACCUUUUAUAAAACGUGUGUAUAUUGUUUUCCCAUCUGAUAACUUUAUUGGAGAGUUCUGCGUUGCUUUGUUCUGAACAUGGGUGACAUUACUGUUCUGUGUUUAAGAAAUGACAGUUGUUACACACUGCCAAAAACCAUAGGACCAUAUCAUUGCCAAAAGUACCUUGAACCGCUUUUAUGGCAAGUGCUGCAAUAGAAUACACCUAUAGAAUAAUUCUUAAUAUAGCACACACAGACUGCCAUUGCUAUUGUGAUGUCACAAACAAUGUUUUUAAUAAUAUUUGUCUCAUGGUGCAAAGACUUUCGUUUUAUAUUCAUUAGUAUUACAUAUACUGUGUAAAUAUUGUUUUUAAAAUAUUGCGCUGUUCUGAUGACCCAUAUUCACCAUGUGUAUAAUGAUCUGCUAACACAUCAGAAUAUUAAACUGGACAGUGUGGAUUUGUAUUUGAGCAGUGUUUGAAACCCAAUAUUCUGAAACUCCUUGUUUAUAGCUGGCAUUAUGUUCCACUCUUGGCUACGUGUUUACUGUACAAAGUGAAAUGUAUGUAGUUGUUGUAGUUCUAUACAGUGAAAAUAAGCUUUCCACAAUGUGUUGCUAUUUUUGGGAGGUCAUAAGUGAGUUAGCCUACAUUCAUAAUAAAUAUGUUAAGUUGUAGCUUUAUUUACUGGAUUCCAACAUCGAUGUUGUAGAAAACAGAAUGUAGAAUUGCCUCAUUAGUCAGUUUGUAGUGCUUGUUAAAAUUUAUUUUGCCUGCCCUCCACAAAUCCAAGAGUGAUUUAUAGGGAUCUUAACGGAACACUAUAGCAUUAGGACUACAUGUAUUCCUAACGCUAUAGUACCAUAGUCAUCGUUUAGGUUACCCGGCCAGUGCUGCCAGGAUUGAAAAGUUUACUUACCUUUUCUUCCUUGCAGCUCUGGUGUCCUCCGUGAAGCUCGUCUCUUUGGCUGAAACCAUCAAGAUCGAUGAUCUUAGCCAAUCCAAUACUUUUCUAUAGAAAGGCAUUGGGAGGCUAGUUCGCAUGAGUGGCAAUACGCUACAUUGCCCAAUCAGAUGACCUCUCUGAGACCAUCUGAUUAAAAUAGCAGAGUUUUACUAUUGUAGUGGUUAUGGUGCUAAGAGUACCCACACAUCCAUCCAGAGUAUUCUGUUAAAACAUUUUAGAACAGUUUUACAACUUACCUGUGUCCCCUGGAUGCUGGCAGUGAAUCUGGUCUUCUCCUGCAUUUGAAGAUGGAUGUAUUCACUGAGCUGAGCAUGUACUAUAUAGGACCACUCUUAUUGGCUUAGGGCGUUCAGCUACUGCUCUUAGACAGGGCGCACAGCCCAGUGAAGCUAACUGCAAUCUACAAGCAGACUGUGUGGUGCAGUCCCCAGGCAGGACCCAGGAAAAUUGUCAAACUGUUCUACGACAACUUAACAAAUUAUAAUGGAAGGGUGGCAGUGCACACCUUGCACCAUGACAACUGCAGGCAAACCUAAUGGGGAUUUAGUUACAGUAUAGGCUCAUACAUUGCAUAAGCCUGUACCUAUUUACAUAGUGCCUCAUUUUUGGCAACUUCAACCCAACAACAAAAUAAUUACUGCUCUUAUUAUUUUAGCCCCUUACAGACCAAAUCUUACAUUUUGUUGUCAUCUCAUAUGGGUUUUAAUACCUUAUUUGUCAUCUUCUUGCCUGCUGGAAGCUCUUUUAAUAUUAAUAGACAUUAACUCAUUACAUUUUAGAAUAAGAUCUUAAAAGAAAAUAUUGUUAUGGUGACAUAGACUGUCAUUGGUCUUUAAGGAGUUAAACAAUUUACAUAGGAUAUACAUCCUCCUGAGGCCCUCUGCCAUUUAAGGUUUAAAGGGGGCCUGCAACGAGGCACCUUUGACAGGAAAGGGUGCAAAACAAGGAGUUCCCUUACAGUAUGUAUACAUGGAGCUGAAGGGCUGCACUCAAUGGAACAUGCAGGCUUAAUAACGGUGCUGCUGUAACCAAUGCAUAUAUCAUAUAAAGUUCUGUGCACUUAACAAAAUAACGUUUUUAAAAACACCUGGCAGGUAAAACAUUUAUGUGGAUUUAUUUAUAGAAUCUGAUCAUACUUUGCAUAACCAACUCCUUUGGUUUAGCGCCUGUCCUUGUCAAAGUUGCCUUAUAAGCCUCAUCUGAAACAUGAAUGGCAGAGACGCUCAAGAGAAUGGAUGUCACAUGUCAGAGCAACCAUUAUCAUUGCAUAGAAUAACACCGUCUCUAUAAAUAGUGGCAGCCUUAUAUGAUGUAUUAUGAUUUACUGUAACUAAAUGGCCAUUGUUUUUGCCAAGCGGUCAGUUAGUUUUAAAAGCUUUAUGGUAUUUAAAGCUAGCUUGAUGCUGAGUCUGCUAAAUUUGUAUGUUGCAUUUAUUGGUCACAGCAACAUCCUUAUUGUAUGUUCAGAUGAGUUGUAUGUUCACAUAGUAUGGGAGUGUCAAACAACUUCCUAAUGCUUUGUUGCUCGCACUGUAUACAAUGAAACCAUACGUUAUAGAAUGCACAGAUGACAACAUCCACUGUGCUGUAUGGGGUUUGAAAAUAUGAUGUGCAAAUAAUCCUACUUUUUAGUUUUUGAUGUAUAAGUGGUUAUAUUAUGAUCACACUGUUAACAUCUGAGUUUACAAGCAAUGUAACAUGGCUGCAAGCUGCGGCCUUACUUCAAAAUGUUUUACAAUCUGCAUUAAAACAAUAUUAUUCUUUCACUAAAUAUUCACUAAGCAAUAAAUUGUGGUGAUCUGCAAAAUUUCUUGAUUUGGGAAAAAAAAAUCAAAAACACCUUAAGUCACAGCUUAACUAUUUCAGCCCAAAUUUUUCUAUUUGGUUUUCAGCUUACCACAUAUUCCUCAAUUUAUUGCUUAGUGAAUAAUCUUGAAUGCAUUAAAUAAAUAAUUGAAAGAAUACAUAUUUUUUGUAUUUUUUUUAUAAUCAACCAUUCUUUUUAGGGGCUUAAUUAUUACUUGUGUUAUUGAGAUGCAUUAGAUAUGUGUAAAUAAGCUGUUGUAAUACAUUAUUUUAGUGACACAAACGAUAUAGAAUGGGAAAUUAUAUAUCAUGCUACAGUGGGAAAACUUUAAAUUAUAUUUAUGACAUAUGCAGUAACAGAAAAAGCUGUAUAAUUUGAUAGCAGUCUGAGGAAAAAUGGGUUUUAUCAGUGCUGAGUGUGGGCGCAAAUUAUUUUGUUUUUCCCACUUCACUUUUAUUUUAACUUGAUUACUUCCCUUUAACGGGGAUUUGUGGUGCAAUUACAAAUUCUGACAUUUACACCAAGAAUAACAGUUUAAACCAGGCAUAGGCAACCUUCGGCACAGAUGUUUUGGACUACACCUCCCAUGAUGCUUUGCCAGCUUUAUGGGUGUAAGAGCAUUAUGGGGGAUGUAAUCCACAACAUAGCCGAAGGUGCCGAAGGUUGCCUAUCCCUGAUUUAAACAAUAGCUUUACCAGGAAAACAAUAUUUGACAAGAUUCUGGUAUCAAAUUAAGUGUUUAACGUACAAACCUCAAAGUUUAAAGCCUAGCAUACUUUUUGAGAUGUAUUAAAAUACAGUUACAACUCAGAAAUAACCAAGAACCAAGAACGAUGCCACGUCAGAAAUAACCCUGCAUAUUUCUGAAAUGGAAAAUUACUAAAUAUGCAUAUAGAGAAUUAAAGGGACACUCCAGGCACCCAAACAACUUCAUCUAAAUUAUGGAGUAGGAGGCCUCUGCAGGCACUCUUAGGUUAUACUGUUCGAAAACUGUUCUAUUAGGUGAAGCUGUUUUGGUGCCUGGAGUGUUUCUUU